AUGCAUGAAAAAGCAGCUCCCCUGAAGAGCCUUGAGCCCAUGCACGGCCGUGAGAAGCUGGAGACAUCUCACAAGCAGAGGAGUUUGGAUUCCCUCGAUGGCAGCCUCCGCCUGAAUGAAGCCCUGAAGGAUGAGGACAUCAAAAAAUGCCACCGGGAAGUGGCUGCUAGCAAGUACAACUCCCAGUACCACAAGCUGUUCAAGGACAUCCCCUCGGAGGAGAGCGUGUUGAAAGUUUGCUCCUGCGCACUCCAGAGAGACAUCCUCAUCCAGGGAAGGCUUUACAUCUCCCCCAACUGGCUCUGCUUCUACGCAAACCUUUUUGGGAAGGAUAUCAAGGUGGUGAUCCCGGUGGUGUCCGUGCAGCUGAUAAAGAAGCACAAGACCGCUCGGCUGCUGCCCAACGGCCUGGCCAUCACCACCAACGCCAGCAGGAAGUACAUCUUCGUGUCUCUCAUCUCCCGUGACAGUGUCUAUGAUGUCCUGAGGAGAGUCUGCACACACCUGCAGGUUUCGAGUAAGAAGAGCUUGAGCUUGAGGGAGCUGACAGAGGAGCCUGACGCUGUGUCACUGGAGGUGAUUGUCCCUGAGGGCAAGUGGAGGAAGGUGUCACCUGCUUCACUGUCCCUGUCGCUGCCAGACACCGACUACCAGUGCAUCCACCGCACCUCCGUCAGCAGCCUGAGCGCCAAGGAGAGCUCCUUCACCUCCGAGGAGCCCCUGGUUUCAGAAAGUGCAAUAAACACGGAGGAGGAGCUGGAGGUGGAGCAGGGCUGCGUGGCGGAGCUGAGACCCUCUGACUACCAGCUCCUGAAGAUCUUCAUCGUGCUGAUCUGCCUCCUGGUCGUGUCCUCGUCAUACCUGGCGUUCCGCAUCUUCCGCCUGGAGCAGCAGCUCUGCUCGCUCAACCGGGACUACCUCUCCCGUGGGCACAGGAGGUGA